AUGUUGGAAGUAAAGCGAAAUAAAAGGUAUGUGUGAAUCAGCCAUUAAAGUUACGCAAUUGUCAAAAAUGACAAUAACGCGAACAGCUGAAAGUAUAAAAUAAUUAUCUAAAUUGUGUGGUGAUUUGUAAAAAAUGGCUUUAAGAGCGGCUUUUAGCAAGCUUACAUUGCAGUCAUCAGUUCGACAAAUUAGCUCUACUUCCAUCAGUCGUUUGCAAGUAACUCCAAUUUUAUGUGCUGAACCAUUGAAGAAAAAGAAGAAACUCGACCCACAAAUUAUUAAACAACGCGAGGAUCGUCGUAAAAAGAAAUUGGAAAAACAAAUUCGACGACUUGAAAAAAAUGCCAGACAAUUGAAACCAAUAGAAGAACUUGAAAUUCCUCUUACGCUCCUGGACGAAAAGGAUAAACGCACCCGGAAAUUGUUACCUUUAAGUGAUAAAGAUCUUGAAACGAGAGCAUUACUGACCAAGAAGUGGGCGAAAUACAAACAUCAACAGAAAGUCUCUGACUUCCAAACAAUCGACCGGCUGUUACAAUCACAAAACAAAGCUUUGGACGAGCUGCGAAAGGAGUCUGAAGAACUAUAUCAAGAAGCUAUUCAACAAGAUAUGGCACUUUUACCCGUAACAAUUAAAGGACCUGUAGCAACACCUCCAAUUAAAAACUAUGUUAGUCCAGAUGGCGAUUAUAUUCAUGAAAACAAAAAAUGGGAUUAACUUGUCAAAAUAUUAAAAUCCUUAUUUUGAUAUUGAAA